CGUCCUUACACCUCACUCACUCAGUCUAAGCAUACGGUUUUCCCAUACUUUAACCUGCACCGAUUCGCUAACCUACGCCAUGAGCAUACUUGACAAGCUUUGGGACGACACCGUCGCCGGUCCCCGUCCCGAUAGUGGCCUUGGCAAACUCCGAAAAUCUUCCACCUUUAACUUGGGCUCAAGUUCCGGCAAGGAAACAGAAGGAAGUCAAGAGGUGGCUAGGGUGACAAAACGUAUAAUGAUAGUAAAGCCUCCAGGAUAUGUGAGUAAAGACUCUCCUCCAGUUUCGCCUGCCAGUGCCGGUUCCACUCCUCCGGUAUCUCCCUUUGCUGGUGCGGGAGGAAAGGAGGCAUUUCGAUUCCGCAGGCGAUCAGGGUCAUUUGCAUACGAGAAUGCUAGUGGGAUUGGACCCAGAAGCCCUCCUCCUCCUUACGACCUGUGAGUUAUGAAUCGAGGCUCAACAUGCAUGUUUCAGCUGCUUGACUCUAUAUAUGUUACGUGUCCGACUUGUCGUGGCUCUGUUUUUGUAAAUAUUGUUAGUUUUUUUAUGUAGCGGAGGUGUGGUGGCUGGGUUGAGUAUUAGUUUUAAGUUACACUAUUGUAGUUCCUCUGUUCUCAACGAUUCCCUUUUGUAACCGGUUCCUAGCUCCAUUUGAGUUCAAAUUUGGCUAAUCAUAACCCAACUAUCUUUCCCCUUUCUCA